AACAGACAGCUGGUCUGCCGCGGCUGUAGUUGAACCGAUCGGUCACACCGAGGAACACUGGAUCGACAACAACAACAAUUGCAUUGACGCCUGGCGGAGAGAGGCAGCGCGAGACCCUGUCCACCCUAAUGGUCGGAGGUAGAGAUUCGGGCCCCUGCUUUGAUGACCUAACAAUCGGAGCCUACACCCGGGAGCCCAGGAUUUGAUGACCUAACAAUCGGAGCCUACACCCGGGAGCCCAGGAUUUGAUGACCUAACAAUCGGAGCCUACACCCGGGAGCCCAGGAUUUGAUGACCUAACAAUCGGAUCUAAAACCUGGAACCCAGUAUUUGGUGAUUUAACAAUCGGACUCUGCCCCCCGGGGGCCCAGGAUUUGGUGUCCUAACGAUUGCAACGUAUCCCGGGAGCCCAGGAUUUGAUGACCUAACAAUCGGAACGUACCCGAGGAACCCAUGAUUUGGUGACUUAACAAUCGGACUCUGCCCCCGGGAGCCCAGGAUUUGCUGACCUAACGAUUUGAACGUAUCCCGGGAACCCAGGGUUUGAUGACGGAACAAUCCGUCCCUCGCCCCCAGGAGCGCAGGUUUUGAUGACCUAGCCCCCAACCCCAACACCGUCCCCAGAGAGGAUGCUGUCAGAGGUGCAGCCCUGCCUGCAGCUGCUCCGCAUCGGCACCGCCCCGCAGCCCAGCCCGAGGCCCGGAGAGGCUCCGGCGACGGCACCCGCCCGCGACCUCUACACCUUCCUGCCGGUCGGCCAGCGGUGCACCUUCCGCCUCGGCCGCCGAGCCGACCUGACCGAUCUGUGCCUGAGCUCAGGGCGGGCCGAAGAGCUCAUCUCCCGGGUGCACGCCGAGCUGCAGGCCGAGAGGGGGGCGGCCGGGGGCGACUGGAGAGUGCACAUCGUCGACAGGAGCACGAACGGUACGUUUGUGAAUGACAUUCGGAUCCGCAGAGGCGAGAGGACGGAGCUCUCCGACGGAGACACGGUCACCUUCGGCCACCCGGACGCGGUGAACAUCCCGGAGGGCUCGCUGGCCGCCCAGCAGGACUCCGAGUUUUACUUCCUCUUCCAGAGGGUGACGGUGCGCCCGGCGGACUUCGACGCUAUCACCAGCCCGGGGCCGGGGGCGGGGGCGGGUGCAGGCGGCGGGGGCGGCGCCUUCCGGCCGGUGUGUUGCUCGGGGCGGCGCCUGUCUCCGCAGCGCGCGCCCCGGGCCCGGAUCCGGAGCUUCGCGCGGGGACCGCCGCCGCCUGCACCCGCCCCCGUCCCCGCGCCCCCGCCCCGGGCGACGCUGAUCCUCGACUCGAUCGGCAGCAUCAGCAAACUGAGGUCGCAGCUGCUCCUGCAACUGCAGCCGCCGUGCACGGUCGGGCACGCGCACGGCCACGGCCACGCGCACGGCGGCGACACCAAGCGGCUGCUGCGCGCCCUCCGCCGCCGCCACCACCUGGCCCCGGACUCCCGGCCCCCCGGCUCCGCCCCCGGGCCCGGCCACCCUCCGCCCCCCCAGAAGGCGCCCGCCAAGCACCGGCGGAAGACCGUGCACACCGUGCUCCCGGACCUGGAGGAGGAGAUCCAGCGGUUCGCCGUCGAGGUGCAGCACCGCGCCCCGGGCCGGCGCCACUGCAAGUCCGAGUCGGACGUGGACCCCGACCUGUACCGGCAGCUGACACUCGGGCUGCGGGCGCUGUCACCGGAGCGCAAACCUCCCCCCGGGAAACUGGAGCAGGGUGGGCUUGUGCCCCGAGAUUCAACAGGGAACGUGCACAUCACCCCUUCUGGAAAGAAGAGAGGUCGGCCACGGAAACAUCCUCUGGGCAGCAUCCCGCUGGCUUCCAAGGUGAUGUGCAAGGUCUUCACUCACACCCUGUACACAGCAGAGCAGUGUGCCGCUGGGCGGUGCCAACUCCCCCAGGGGGACACGGUGGAGUGGGUGCAGUGUGAUGACUGUGAUGCCUGGUACCAUGUGGCUUGUGUCGGCUGUAACUACACGGCCAUGAAAGAGGCUUCGGCUGAAUUUCACUGCGGCUGUACAUAACCCUCACUGAGGACACGUCAGUCAGUGACUCUGUUCCCAGUCCUCCUGGGUUCUCCUUUAUAACUCCGUGACCGUCAGUGGAAAAUGUCGACAAAUCUCUCUUGUGCCCACUGGCCUUUCUGCGUCCGGGAAAUCUGCUUGAAAGUCAAGGUGUUUCGGGCCAGGACUUUCAACGGCUUCUGUUCUCUGGGAGUUUUAUUGGUAGUUAAAAGUAUUGCCUAUAUUAUGUUAUUUUCGCUAGAAGGGGGUGCUGUUAAUUCGGAGGUUCUGCAAUGGGUCACGUCUGGUGCAAUCCCAUAUUGAUAGCUCUAGACAGUAGCGUGGAUGGUCAGACCUGGUCAAGUGGCUGACAGUCUGAUUUCUUCCUUGGUACAGGUUUGGGGGGAGAGGAGGAGGAGGAGUGCUGGAUCAGUGCACUCUUCCUGUUGUAAUAAGCUAUUUCAGUAUCAAAGCACAUAAGUUUGUCAUAAAUGUUUGGAAUAUUUAGCGGAUGUAUUUUAAAGGAAAUCUUGCUGCGUGAUUGGGAUCAGGGUCCCAGGAGCAAGGCCAAUGAUGUCUUCAUUGGCGAACAGGUCACAGGGAACUCAACCGUUGCGAUAUCAACUGCCAGGGAUGCAAUCUGACAACGUUGCUAUUUGCAAGAUCUGUAACAAUAACGACACCGUAUAUUUAAUUCAACAUAGUUUAUCGGAAGGGAGAAUAUCCAUCAAGAAUCCUGUUCCUGAACAAUGUCCAGUGACCUUGUGUUGGACUGUGCUCUGUGUGUCUUUGAGGGCUCCAGCUCAUCUGGGCUGAUUCUUUGUGCCUAAGUGGGAUGUUAGGAUGGUGGUGUAGGAUGCUAACUGCUCCAUUGUGCUUGCACCCCUUCCAUUACCUGCUGCUAACGUUCCCAGCGUCCGAACCCAGCUGUUGCCUGGGCCCAAUGCAGGUGACAAAUGAUACCUUGGAGGGUCUUUCAGGAUUGGUCUAGAAUGAGCCCCUUACCAGCUAAGAAUGUGCUCCUUGACCGCGUGCAGCCUGGCGAUUGGCUCAGGAUGUCAGGGAGCUGGGCAUGUUUCCCAUUAACUGGCAUUUUAAAUGCUGAGAAUGAUUGGCCAGCCCUCCAAAUCUUUGUGUCAAUUCAGCAGAGUCCAAUGGCUUUGUCUGCGGACUUGGCUCCCAAAUCAGGAAGAAUUGUUGUACUCCCACAGCGUCCUUUUCAAACUGUUCCGAGAAUAUUUUUGCCUCCCAGCCAAUGAAUGACUUUUGGAAGGUAAUCACUCUGUAUUUGUUGUGAGCCGGUACAGUUUUGUUUACAGGAGACUUUGGCUGUGCCCCAGACUGGUUCACGAGAUGGCAGGGCUGAUGUAUGAGGAGCGACUGGAUCGGUUAGGACUGUAUUCACUGGGAUUUAGAAGAAUAAGGAGGGAUCUCUGAGAGGGUAAACACAGGAAGGGCUUUCCUGUCGACUGGAGUCGUCUAACAUCAUGAGGUCACAAGGAGACAGGCCAGCCUAUGGAAUUCUCCGCCAGAAAAAGCAAUGGGAGCCAAAACAUUGAGCGUUUUCAAGAAGAUGUUAGACAAGGAAUCAAAGCAUGUUAGGAGAAAGCAGCGACAGGGCUUCUGAAUUGGAUGACCAGCUGUGAUUAUAUUGAAUGGUGGAACAGGCUCAAAGGGCCAAAUUGCCUACUUCUAUUUGCUCUGUUUACUGUUCUAGACAUCGUACACUGGAACAGCCUCUGCCAUGUCCGACUGUAGACAGCUCCUGUGGUCGGCACGUGGCAAGAUUCUUCCCUUCUGGGUCCCUGGGAAUCUGUAUGUCCCCCGGGGGAGAAUGCUGGAAUCAGCAAUUAUAGUUGUUUCCCAAAAUCCGAUAGCAAACAAAUGCUUGUUCAGUGAUAAAUGGUGCAUUAACUCACAUUCCUGGUGAUAUUGCUGCCUUGCACAGAUGGGUUCCAAUGGUAUAUAAUUCGUGAGUCCCUGGUGCUGCCCAGGAGCUUCAACAGGACCCCAGCACAAUCAUUUAAAUCAUAUUUGAUCAUGUUUCUGUUUGCCUUCUAACAGAGAAUUGAGGUAAGGUCUUUGACCGGUGCCCCAAGCACCCAUAACGUUGUCGUACGAGAUGAAUUCCUCCCCUAACACAACCAUGAACAUUUUUCUUUUCGAUUUUAAGACAAUAUGGCUGCUGGGGGUGAGUGAGCUUGACCACAUGAUGGAUCUGAAAUAGAACAGAGUCCAGCGUCUUUGUUUCGAUUGUCGUGUGUUCCUUUCUUGGGUUUUUAUGGUGUAAAUCCAAAACGCACUUCCAAAGUGGCCUGCAGGUCGGGCCUGGCGUGGAGUCUUGGUGAAGGGUCAUGGCCCUGAAACAUCAAUGCUGGCUCCUUUCUCAACAAAUCCUGCCCAAUCAGAGGGGAUGGGAGUCACCUGACUUUAACUAUCCCCUUAUUGUUCAAACUCCUGAAGGUUUAAUGUGAGUGGGGAGGAGGCUGGCAGGUUUAUUUUGAAAUCCAGGAAAGCUGGAGUGAUGGUGGAGAGUAUUUAGAGGUAACAAGAAGCCUCUCAAAGCUGGGUGUUUGUUUCCAGAACAUGUCUGUACUGAGCCACCUGAGUGACAGUAGCUAUUUGGAACAGAGAACAUGAAAUGAUCAUUCCACACUGGAUGAGAAAGUUUUAAAAGUGUCCUUGGCUUUUAUAAAUGGAUAUAAAAGAGUAGGAGGGAGUUAUUCUAAACUGGUUACACUGUGGCUUCUUUUGACUAUUGCUGGCUGUCAUCUUUCUCUCAUUGCCCUUGCGUAGGGCUGCAGCAGUUCAGUGGGUGGGGGAGUAGCUGGAACUUUCUGCUAAGUGGAGGGAGGAGAGAUCCAAAAGGUGGAAGCUUUUGAUCACCUCCCUGGCCUGUUUCCCACAAUAAUCAAUGGGGCUCAUCAUAGUUCAGCGGUCAAUGCCCAGGCAGUGCUGAGUUACAUUAUCAAUAACAAAAGCAGAAGUUGCUGGCAGAGUUACUUUAUCUUGGGUUAAAGAGGGAAAUGAAGCACAGUUGCACCUGAGGAAGGGAAUUCCAUCCACUCUCAGAGCAACGUCAAGGUUCCGAGUCAGGAUUGUGUGAAAAAAGCAAGAAAUGUUCUCCAGCGAAGGUCACAGAGCGCCGUUAUCAAAGGUUUUGGAAAUUAUGAGGGUGUUUUAAUGGGAUAGAUGGGACAAACUUUCUUCAGUCUGUUGGGGGAAAAGACUUAAAAUUUAUUCAAUAAUGCACUUCAAGGCCUCUGACCGUGUUAGAGCGCCUUCCAGCUGUCAAAGGCUUUGUCAGGCAGGCCAGCAGAGGAGACUGAUUUAAGGUGAUUGCUGAAAGGGGAAAGUUGGAGAAGAUUUAACAGCUUCAAAGGGGGAGUUGAUUAAAUGCUUGAUUUUUAAUGAGUGAAGAAAUUGCAGGGUAAUGAGGGUGGGAAAUUACAGGGUAAUGGGGAAUGGAAGGGCUAGCACAGGCACCAUGGGCUAAAUAGUCUCUUCCUGCCAAUGUUUACUUAGUUCUCUCCUAAUAUAAUUUUCCUUAAAUUCGCAAAGUUCAGAUAUAUUUCCUUAUUUUAUAAUCAUUUUGUACAUGCCAAGCACUUAUUUGUGGAUCUUGCUGAAUUAUUUAUUUUUAAAAAGGGUAUGUUGUUUCUUCCCUCUGUUUUUAAUUUGACCAUUUUCUACACUGAUCAGUUUUGAGGACAAUUCGAGUUUUCAGUGAGCAGUGUUUAUUGGGGAGGGGGGUUGUUAUGUUGCAAUGUUGGAGCCCGUGUCUCACUGCUCUCCUCCACAAGGUGGAGCCCGUGCCCCACUGUGUCUCACUGGUAAAGUGCAGCAAUUUGCUUUUGAGGUAAAUGUUGAAUUAGCAACUUUUUGAAAAAUGGCAUUUCUAUAAUCAGGGCGGAGUCGAAUAUGUUUCUGAUCCUCGAAACCGAAUUCUUGCUGAUUUUAAAAUGGCUAGUAAAGCUUAUUAGGAGAAAGUGAGGACUGCAGAUGCUGGACAAUAGGUCAGGCAGCAUGUGACAAUCAGGAGAGUUGACAUUUUUGAUGAAGAGCUUAUGCAUGAAACGUCGACCCUCCUGCUCCUUGGAUGCUGCCUGACCUGCUGUGCUUUUCCAGCGCCACACUUUACGACCGGUAAAGCUUAUUAUGUGAUUUGCACAGGGACCUACCAAGCAUGGGGCUGACUGCUUUGCCUCCAUCAAGCAAUAUAAAGCAAUUUGUUAAUUUUUUUUUUAAAAGUGAUUGAAGAUGUUGUAAUGAGGGGAGGAAAUGACUGUGUAGUGAAAUGCAGCCUGCUGAUUGACAUCUGGGCGAUAGUGUGAGCUGUUUAACUGAGCAAAGGUUAUUCUCAGGCAGAAAUUUAAAAAGGGCUAGAUAAACUCAGCUGGCCUGUCAGCACCUGCAGAGAGGGAGGAUCAGAGUCUAAUCUUCUGCCAGUUAAUACUUGCUUCCUCUUUACUUCUGCUGCAGACCUGUGGAGUUUAAAUGAUCCCUUCCUCCUGGAAAUGGUCCGAUUGGAACACUGGCUCUCAUUCUCUCUGCUCAUCUCAACCCGGGUAUUGGUUUUAUAUUCAUUCACGGGAUGAGGGUGUCGCUGGCUAGGCUGGCAUUUAUUGCCCAGAGGGCAACCGCGUGUAGGCCGGGCCAAGUGAUAUUGGCAGAUUUUCUUCCCGAAAGGACGUUGGUGAACCAGAUGGAAUUUUCCAACAAUUGAUCAUCAUUUAGACUCUGAAUUCCACACUUUUAUUGAAUUCGAAUUCCACCAUCUGCCACGUCGGGAUUCGAGUCAGUGUUCCCAGAACAUUGUUACCUGGCUCUAUCUGGGUUAACUGUCCAGCGAUAGUACCAGAAAGCCAUUGUCUCCCCUUUUAAAGGGGUGAAGUGUGAUCCCAGGCAGAGACAGUGGGGAGAAGAGAGAUCUCUGUGAGUAAAGCCAAGUGGCUGAGAGUCUGGGUGAGUGAUGGUUCACUAUAUACAGUACAGGUGUGUUCGGAAAGGUGCUAAAUCCUAUCUUUUCCUUUUCUUUCCCGUAACUGCACAGUGGAGUGGUUUUGAGUGAGGGAAGGGUUGUAGUCAGAUCACUACAGAAUGGAACCUGGCAACAGGACCCAAUGGGUCCGAUAAGUAGAAUCUUAUUCCCAGGCAUUUUAAUGUUUAAAAGCUUUGAUCCAGGCUUUGGGAAUGGAUGAUUGAGUGGGUAGUUGUUUGGUACAGAAUCCAGUAUUGGGGGAGGGGGUGGAGAAAGAACAUUUUCUGGAAGCAUUUUGUCUUUCUCUGAUCAGGGCAGUUUGUAAGAGUACCUAUUCAAGAGCAAUGCCAGCAUUUCUACUGCCUGAGAGCGCUGAUUGGUCACUGAGUGGAUCCUGAUACCAUGGAGAAUGCACCAGUUAAUCUUGAUUGACAGUUAACUGCCAGGCAUCUUUUUGAUUUCAGUAAUUCAAAGUGAACAGGGUCCUCUGCAGAGUCUGACCCAUGCUUUUUGGGAAUUAUGUUUUUGCUAUGAUCAUUGUAACUGCUUCCUUCUCAGAAGCAUGGUAAUAUUCUUGCUGUGUCACUGCCCGUUUUCAAUAAACAAUACUGC